GUCACGCAUCACGACACAAUCAUGCAGAGCAAGUGUAUUUUUGUCGGCAUAAUAUUUAUGUAAGUGUAAAAGAAAAGUGAUCAUGUAUUAUAUGUUGUUCAGUUAAACAAUUAUUCAAUAAAUUUUCAAGGUGCACAUUCUUCACAACACAAGUUCACAGUUCCACCACAUUUCACUGUGAUAAUAUAGACACGAACAAUCCGUUGGAACAAUGCUACCGUAAUGUUUUUAUACUAGCAGAAACAGAAUACUCAUUCCAAUGUAACGAUGCUUAUUAUUAUGGUAGUGGUCGUUACAAAAUUGAGUUUGUUAACUCAGUGAUGACCGAUAUUCCAAGCAAAAUUUUUUCAUUCAACCCGCAAGAGCUAUCACUUGUUCAAUGUGGUAUACAAAGAAUAUUGCAGCAUAGUCUACAAUCAGCAUCUGAACUAAGUGAAUUAAAUCUGGCACAGAACAAUAUAACGGAACUGAAAAACUAUAUCUUCGAGGGUGCUAGUGCGCUAUAUACGCUCAAUCUUACUGCAAACUCUAUAAGCGUCAUAGAGAGUUUCGCCUUCCAAUAUCUGACUUCACUUACGGUGCUUCUAUUAUCUCAAAACAAGUUACAAACGUUGCCCGGAUACGUAUUUUUCCCCCUGACAGCGCUCAGUACCAUAAAUCUCGCCAGCAACGAACUGCGUGUACUGGAAGAGGGUCUUUUCUCAACAAAUGCACAUCUCACCAUAAUCGAGCUACAAAAUAAUCAAAUCUGCACCGUCGACGAAAACGUGUUUUACAGUGAAGCCAAUAGUCAACUUUCUAGCUUAGAAUACAUUAUACUUAGCGACAAUAACAUAACAGAGAUUGACAUUCCCAAUGUAAGGGUAUCCAAUCUCAUACUGAGCAACAACAGGAUCAAGCACAUCCACGUAUCAUCCGAGGUGCAUUAUCUGCAAGCUGAAAAUAACCGAAUAUCCUCCAUCGCGUUCGAUAACGUGGCAGAAGCCAAACUGCAGCAACUGAGGCUAAAGAAUAAUUCGAUAUCUUCUCUUGAAGUCAUUGGUCGGUUGCAAAAGCUGGAAACACUGGACGUGUCUUACAACUCGCUCGAUCCGCUAAACCUAACAACUUUCGGAAUGCUCAAACACUUGACAGUGCUGGAAUUGGCGAAAACGAACAUUUCAAAUCUGCAGCACGGUACGUUCGGGCAUCAGGAGGCCUUAACAUGGCUCGAUCUGUCGUACAAUAACUUGGACCAUCUGGAGAUAGAUAUGCUAGUAUCAUCUUCGAGAUUGAGAAGCCUCUACCUAGAAGGCAAUCACCUGACGCACUUGGAAUAUUCGCAGAUGAAAAAAUAUUUCCCAGAACUUAAAGAAAUUGGUGUUGCUGACAACGACUGGAGCUGUGCGUACCUAACCAAACUGGUAGCCUACUGUAAUGAACAGUCAAUAGAACUUUACAAAACGGCCACUUUGGAUAUUCCCAAAAAUCAAACACAUGUAAAAGGUGUAUACUGUUUCGAUGAUAAGCAUUUGACGCGCAACUGGACGACGGCCGUACAACAUCUGUAUAAUGAUACCAACCCAUCUGCUGGCGAUGCUCUAGAAUUAUUGUUCCGGAACGUUUUGGCAGACGUUAGAAGAUCUGGCAGCGAUCAUUCCGAAGCGGUCAAUAAAACUCUCGAGAUGGCAGUGUUUAAUCUAACCAAACAACUGUUUCAAGUGCAGAACGAUCUCGACGCACUCCGCCGGACGCAGCUUGAGGCACAACUUACAUAUUUGUCGAAUCACACUAUCAACUCCAACUAUAGCAUGGAGGGAUUGAAGCGAGUGAUAGAAAGUACCAACAACUUGAGGUUUGAUAAGCAAGAGCAUGCUAUCAAAAUGAUGGAGUUCAACUUUAGCCAACAGUUGUCGAAAGUAAACGAGGCGCUGGAAAUGGCAAACAAGAAUGGUGUUAAGCUGACAGUUCAAGAGAAACGAAUCGAGCAAUUACUAGAUAAUAUGGUACAUUCGAAGGCUCCAUUCAGCGUCUUAGCAGCGGAAAAGCAGACUUACCAAACAAAUGAUAGUAUUGGCACUCAGGGCAACGCAUUGAUCGUCACUGUACUAGUUAUAGUCGGUUUGAUUCUAAGCCUGCAAAUUUUCGUUAUGUACAACAGACAUCGUCGAUCGCAAAGAAUUAAACGAAGCCAAGCUUCUCAUGAAAAUACGAGUUUAACGACGAUCGUGGACCAUCAAAUAUAAAAAACUUUAUGUUCAGCGAGGGUUUCAAAUUGGUUUGCAACUCAUUGUUUUAUCAUUUCCUCCUUUAAAGAUUUUCGAAUACGCAGUGCAUAACAUACAAAACAUAAUAAAACGAAGUAAAGUAACAACCAGAGCUUGAUCCUAAGAUGACCACAAUAGUUCUAUGAUUUAUGCCUAUUUCUAAGUAACUUUAUUGCGUUUUUCGCAUACGAUGGCAUGAAACCAUUGUUAAUGGUAACAAUAUAUUAUAGCUAGCAGUCCCCGCAUACUUCAUUAUGCCAAUAGAUGAAUUUAGGAAAUGAAACAAACGUUCAUUACAAUUAACAAGAUUAUUGUGUAUGAUGUAAGAUGAACAUCAAACACAGAAACGAACACCGUCGUUCGACUGAAAAUCGACGAAAAUCUACUGCGAGAAUUCAACAUGUUACGGGCUAAUUAAGAA